CGACAGCUUGCAGUUUUCCGGGCUUCAUCCCUCUAUUAUUAGAAACCACGAGACCAUCCGAUAUUGGGUCUUGUUUACUUGCUAGGCUGGGUUUGGAGGCUGAUGCUACGUCUGUUAGACCUACAUAAGGAUCAUUUGCCCAGACUUUUCAAUUUGAGGUAAACUUUCGCAAGGACCAAGGUUGCUGUAUGAACGUCCUUGAGGGUAGACAUCAAGAUGCCUUUCAAUAUCCCAAGCUUAUUGGUCAUUAUAGGGCUCUUCGCGUUAAGAGCCCUUGCCGCAUGCAGCAGUUAUGGCGUUGACUACGUAAAUGGUGGCUCAUAUGAUAUUGAUUCAUCCUCAAACGAUAACUUCACCUUUACGACAAUGUUCCAAGGAUGCAAUCAGGAGUCCGUCACGCCUCUUCUCAUAGAUCCCAGUGGCGUCCAACACCUUUGCUCUGCGGUGAACACAACACCAGACGGAGAACAGGUCACAUCAACAUGCGCGAUUACAUACUCGAAUAUGACCUCUGGUUUAUAUAAGAUUGUUAUAUCAGGAACCAACAUCGGAGUUCAGAGGACAAUCGCACUUACAGUUGGCACCCCAGCUACGAUAAUCAUCACUGCUACGCCUACUGUGGUAGUCGGUGUAACUAGCACGCCGGAUGCAACAACAAUAUACAAAACAAUAGCCCAAACGAAGACCAUAGUCCUAUCACCCGGAACAGUCACAAAACCUUGCGACGGAACUACUCAAACCGUGACUGUUACACCAUCAGCUCCGACCGUCACCAGCACCUACAUCAUCACCCGAACAAUUACGGAUAAGAAGACUACCAAACACUCCACCACUACCAUUACCAAGACGGCGACUUGUCACUAUCUAACAACCAAGUCGUUCACCGUUCCGGACCCGUUACCCACAGCACCAUUACCCACGAUAUGUAUCGGAAUCGCUUGCAUCCCACCCGGUAUUGGUGGCAAGCCCACUAUCUCUGGUGCGGUUUUGGCGACGGCUCAGCCGAAGGUAGACGCUGUUGGAGUUACUACUGUGACAGUGACUGAGACUACGUUCACUAUCACGAGUACUACUACGACUACGGUUCCGGCUUCAACUACGACGGAAGAUGUUUACCAAACGAUUACUGCUACUGUAACACCCGCUCCUACUACCGUAUGCGACGACAAGCGACCGCCGAAUACCAUAACCAUUACGAAGCCGGUUAUCAUAGCCACGGAGACAGACGUAGGCUAUACAACCACACACAUCAAAGCCACAGUCUGGGUCGGGGAAACCAAAUACAAGACAUCGACAGAUAAGAAGAGCGCGACAUCCUGUCUGAGAAAUGGAGGAUGGUACGGUGUUGAUGAUUAUGCUCCGACAGGGACAAUCUCGCAAAGGCAGUCUCGCGAGUUUCGUGCUUAAAGUUGUUGAAAGGGGGUGGAUGAAAGAUGAUGGUGCAAGCAAAUUGGCAUGAGCCAGACAUGCCUAAUUAAUAUAAGAAAAACAAUUGGAGACGUCAUGAAUGUGUAAAAAAACUGCACCCUCU